UCAGUGAUGCCGAAGCCGGAAGGUUUUCACAUUCUGGAUGCGCAGAAUGCUGCGAUAACCAAAGAUAAAGCGAAGGACACUCAAAAUGUGGGUAGGAGGAAGCUUGCAGACAUCAGUAACCAGCCACAAAAUCAGAGGCUGUUAGUUAAAGAGAAAUCUCAAUCUACAGAGACGAAUAUUAAAGAGUACAUUCACAAGCUACAGAAGGAUAAUAUGGCUUUGGUGAAGUUGAUAGCACAGAGGAACAAAAUCAUUGAACAGAAUGGAUUUGAGUCUGACAGAUUGAGAGUAAAUCUGCUCAAAAUGCAGGAACAGAAUCAACAUCUGGCAACUUACAAUGCUCAAAUACUUGUGGAAAUAAAUUCAGGUAAAGAUCGGUUGAAAAUGUUACAGCAUGUGCUUGGGUGCAAAGCUGGUCUUCUCAAAGUUGAUCUUGAGGGAAGGGAAACAACAACACCAAUGGGAGAUGCUGUUGUUGAUGUUGAGGGUAUCAAAAUGGAGUCCUCAAAAGGAGAUACAGAUGAUCAGAAGCCUCAUGAAACCAAAGCGAAGUUACAACAAAAUGGUGAAUGCUCCUCUGGACCAGUUAAGUAUAAGGACAAGACAGAAAAUAAGAGGAAAAUUCGGCGAAGGCAAUCUGCUAGAUUCAAUGCUGCAGAAGUAGAAAAUGGUGAGGAUUUCUUAGAAACAAAGGAGGCUAGAGUUUCUGUAUCUCAAAUGCCCGAGGAUUCUGUCGGAGAACAGAGAUCAACAUCUGAGACUGCAUUAGUGGAAAACGAAAGCAGCAAAGACGGGUCAGGCCCUAGGUUGCAGCCUCUGCAGCUUCUCUCGAGGCCAUCACGGGCAGCAAAGGAGAAGGUUCAGUCAUACAAGGAGGUAUCGUUAUGCGUCAAACUGCGCAGGCCUGAGUGAAAUAGAGCAACAUUACACAUUGAUACUUACAUUCAAACUUAUGAUAUAUAGCAGGUUGAUAAUCCCUAAACCAAAGUGUGCAUUCUAUCUUUGUGUAUAUAGCAAGUUCACUACUUACACUAUUCAUAUUCAUCUUCUCUUGAUAUAUAUCAUGAUGAUUUGUUGGUUU